UGCCGAUAUCAAAAUAAAUAUAUCUACGGCUAUCCAUAUAAGUUGUCGAGAGAAGCGAUAUUUGACGUUUAAGACUUUUUCUGUGCGAUUUUUCCUUAAAUUUUCUACAAAACAAUUGAUUUAUUAUAUUGUGUCAUAAAGUAAAAGAGGCAGAAAAUGGUGGUGAAAGUGUAUAUAAGUGGAAUGUCGGGGAAUAAGGAGGUGAAGAAGCGACAGCAACGUGUUCUAAUGAUUCUCGACAGUAAAAAUAUCAAAUAUGAGGUAGUGGACAUCGCUGAACCUGGCAAGGAGACGGAAAAAGAAUUUAUGCACACCAAUUCGACAAGUACUGGAGCUACGGGUAGCGAUCCCAGCCCACGGCAUCCACUUCCUCCCCAAAUAUACAAUGAUGUGGAAUACUGUGGAGACUAUGAUGGGUUUGAUUUGGCCAAUGAGGUUGACACACUCGAACAGUUUCUCAAGAUGGAACCAGCUGUGACCACUGCAGAGAUUGAACUCACCACAGGAAAGGAUAAGAAUGGACUUAAGGAGGAAGAGAAUAAGGAGAACAGCGAAGAAACCGAUAACAGAGAGAAAGAAGAAAGUGUGGCGGAAAAUGGUGAGCAGACCGCGAAAGACAGUAAAGAUGAAAAAGAUAAGAACAAGGAAGAAACUGAGGCUAAGGAAAAUGGGGAAAUUGAAGAAGAGGAAGAAAUUGAAGAUAUUUUUGCUGAAAAGAGCGAUAAGGUUGAAACGGAAAAAGAAAAAAAGAAAGAUGAAGAAGAAAAUGGAGAAGUCAGCGAAGAAAUUGAAGAUAUUUUCGCGGAUAAAGAAGAAACAGGAAAGAAAAAUGAAGAAAAUGAAAAGGCAGAGGACGUAAUUGAAGAUAUUUUCGCGGAUAAAGAAGAAACAGGAAAGAAAAAUGAAAAGGCAGAGGACGUGAUUGAAGAUGUUUUUGCGGAAAAAGAAGAAGCCGAAAAAAAAGCUAAGGACGUCAGUAAUGAAAACAAGUCCGAAAAAUCCGAAUCUGAUGCCUCCGAAAGUGUUGAAGAUGAAGAUGGCACAACCGAUGAUAAGCCAAGUAAUGAAAAAAUUGAAGAUGCUGAAAGCAAGCAUACUUCCAGUGAAGAUAAAUCAACCAAAGAAGCUUUAUCAAACAAUGACGAAAGUAUUGAAGCGAAACCAGAGGAUAAAGACGCUAAAGAGACUGAAGAUUCCGAGGAAGAUGAAGAGGAAGAAGAAGAAGAAGAAGAAGAAGAAGAAGAUGAUGAUGAUGAUGAAGAGGAAGCUGAAAGCGAGGAUGAGAAAGUGGAAGAAACGGUUACUGAUGAGACACAUAAUGAGUCCAAAAGCACAAAGGAUGAUGCAGAAAAUCCUCCAGAUCCAAGUGGACCAGAAACACAAUCCCAAGAUGAGACUCAGGACUUAGAAAAGAAUAACUCGACAAUGUCUGAAGAAAACAGCGCGAAAGACGAUAAUCCAAAAGAGAAUGGAAGUGCUAAUGAAGUUGCUGAAAAUAAUUGAAAUUCCUCAAGUUACUACUUAUUCUAAGGGACAUCGGGGGAUUCUCUCUACACUUAUGUCUAAUCUCGUCAAACACUCCCACAUCACACAUUUAUUCUUCUCUCUCGCUCACUAUCCAACACAUUCUUCUGGCUGGAAUCUUCGCAAUCGAUGGCUGAGUAUUUAAAAAACGAAAAGUAUCGCUACUCACGAUGGUUAAGACACAACGAAAUUAAAAUCAAAAUGAAAUUGAUAAUAAAAUACAUAUUUAAACUUA